AUGCGAUGUUUCUCGCUUUGGUGGAUGCAAAUUUGGGGCAGCUUCCUUCGAUCUCCAACGUCGAAACCGUUUGGCCAGUUGUCGCGGAAGUUCAAAGCGCACACCGAGAUGAAAUUGCACAUCGGCGCUAACGGUUUAUCCAACAUCCCGGGAAGAUGCCCUCUUCGUUUCAUUCAACAUCCACCACUGCUCUCUUGCGCUUUACAGCAUUUUCAAGCAAUGCUCCCCUCCUAUCACAUCCACCACCAGAAUGACAACGAGUAUCUGCUAGACUUCUUCGAUGCGGAGGACUUGGCAGACCCAUUCCACCCCCGACGAUCCCUUGGGAUAGAUGACCCACCCUCUCAGGAUCCAUACCUAGAUGUCGUCGCCCAGAAUGACUCGUCGUCCUGGUCGGCGACGCAGACAUUGUCUGACACAGGCCCCGCACCUCCAAGGGCGUCUGAUACAAAUAUACCUCACCUCCUAUCUUCACUUCCACCUAAGCCCAUUCCAGGUCCUCCUCGCUUCGCGUACGCGCAGGUCAAUAUCGAUCUUGCACCAACCCAGCCCUCUCCCCCUGGGCCAGUAGAUGAGUCGACGACCCCGCAACAGCCAGUGGCGCGAUCCUCACGGCCACCAAAGAGGCAGAGGGAGGAUCAGCAGGCAUUUGUUCCUCCACCACAAUACACGCGCUCGCCGGAAGGACUCCCUCCUCCACCCAGGCGGAGAAGCACCCGCUCACGCGGACUUUCUCUACUGGACUACACUGAAGACGUGCCGCCCUCCCGGCAGCAGCCUGAGGCGGGGCCGUCGCGUCCAAGGAAACGAAUAAAGACACAGGAGGACGAGGAUCUCGAUUAUCGUUUAGCACGGGCACCUGCGCAGUCUGUUGCAGGCCCGUCUCGGGUCUCCAAGCGCAAGCGGACGGCAACCGCUUCGGACGAAGACGUCGAAGUUGAAGCGCCUGACUGCAGUGGCGCUUCAGAGUUGUUUAUACCGGAAGCGCUCAGGGCGGGUCCGUCCCGCCAGAAGAAGAGGAAGGUCAGCCCGGAGGUGAACGAUCUUGCCGUCACUCGUGCUGUUGUAGCGUCGUUGCCGCCGCCCGAGUCCGUGGCAGUCCCGUCUCGUCUGGGGCCCCAGACACGCAGCAUGACCAUGAGACAUCUCAAUCUCGCCGUCGCUCCCGUCGCGUCGUCGUCGAGAGCGCCACCCAAACUGAAGACGCGCACAGUCUCCGAUAAGAAAGGGCUGAAGGAGCGAGGUACGAAGGGAAGACACAAGGUGAAGGAGGAAACAAAUGAGGACGACGAUAAAGAGUACAACGACGGUGAAGAAGACAGUGACGAUGAAGAAGAUAACGACGAUGGUAAGGGGAAGGAGAGGGUGUGGCGCUGUCUCUACCACGGGUGCAACAAGUCGUGGUCUAGCAAAAAGAAGCAACACGAGCGUGACCGCAACCGGCAUAUGGAGACUUGCCAUUGGGAGCCGUUUGGGCGUCGGAUGUGGACGUGCCCCCCAUGCGGGAAGCGAUGUACUCGAGGAGAUGCGCUUACGAGGCAUUGCAAACGUCUGAAGUGUCGGGAGAAGUUGAAGUCGCAAGAUUACGAGGACCGGUUGCGUGCGAACGGCAACGUCGACACAUCAAAGUGCUUCGACGGCAAAGAGCCGUGGGAUACGAAGGAAGGGUUGAAGUGUUGGAGUCUUCCACGUCCGGAAGACAACGACGAAAAUUUCCGGGAGGUGCUCAUCAAGCUACGAGAAAUCUACAAACUCACCGGUCGCGAGCCAUGCAUACAUGGAUACCACCCGACUUCUUAG